CUCCCCCCCUCCAUUUGCCCAAGCCGCGCGGUUGUCUUGCUUAGGUCUUGGUCGCCCGCCCACCUUCCUCGUCACCCAACACCUCGCCUUUUCUACCCACCCGCCAUCCUCCCUUCCCAUCUCUCUUACUCUUCUCCUCUUUCUAUCUUUCUCUGUUUCUCUGUUUCUCAUCCCUCAUCUCCCACCACCCACAAUGCUUUACCACAAGCUCCUCGUCGCUCUUUUCGCCAUCCCCUUCGUCACCGCGCAGGAGGCACAGGGCGCCCCCUCGGACGCCGCUGCCCAGACUGACGCCGGCGCCGCUCCUGCCGCCGAGACGACCCCCGCCGCUGACCCCGCUGCUGGCUCCGCUCCUGCCCCCGCCCCCUCUACUACCACCCGUACCGGUGGCUCGAUCGGCGGCAACACCGAGAACACUGGCCACGGCUUCCAGAACACCACUGGCGACUGGGUGGCCGCCAACUUCACCGUCCCGAACACCGAAACUUACUGGGUCAACGAGGCCGAGAACACUGCCAUCUGGACCCCCUACCAGCAGGCCGUCAACCUUGUCAUCUUCAACUCGAACACGUCUCUUCUUACCGAGCAGCGCACUGUUGCGGAGAACAUCCCCGCCGGCACUGGUACUUGGACAGGCAUGAUCUCGGGCUUCGCCACGGGCAACAACUACAUUCUCGUGCUUGCCCUUACCAACGACCCCACUCGCAAGAUUGGCCAGACCCGCGGCUUCUGGAUCAAGCGCAACGGCACUCUUCCCGCUCCUCUCCCUGAGGGUGCUGGCCAGACCAUGUCGGGCGGUGGUGUCGCUGCCUCGGGCACUGCGAUCCCCUCGGCUCCUGCUUCGUCGGCCGGCACCGCUGCUGGCACCGGUGCUAGCUCCCCCGCUGCGUCUGGCAGUUCAGGUGCUGGCAAGAUUGUUGCCUCGCUCGGUGCUGUUGUCGGCGCCGGUGCGCUCGUGAUGACUCUGUUCUAAAUGGACGUAGCAUGUUGCAACACUGCGUUGCGCCCGCGUUUGAUAAUUGUGGCCACGCAAGGUCUUUACUACUAUAUGUAUGGUAUGACGGACG